AUGCUGGUGUUUGAGUUACUCAUUGCCUUCACCAGUUGCCGGAAUGAAAGCAGAGAGAGCCACCGACACGUGGCUCCGCGGGGAUUCGGGUCCUGGACAGACAGCUGCGGGGUCUGGACAGAUGGCCCCUCCAGUGCCAGCCCCACGUCUCUGGCUUUCCUGGCAAGGCCUCCGUCUGACCCGUGUUCUCCACUCUUGGCUGCAGGUGGAGGUUCCAACCCAUUCCAGCACCUGGAGAAAAGUGCAGUGUUGCAGGAGGCCCGAGUCUUUAAUGAAACUCCUAUCAACCCUCGGAAAUGUGCCCACAUCCUUACCAAGAUCCUUUACAUCAUAAACCAGGGGGACCACCUGGGGACCACCGAAGCGACAGAGGCCUUCUUCGCGAUGACCAAGCUCUUUCAGUCCAAUGAUCCCACGCUCCGCCGGAUGUGUUACCUGACCAUCAAGGAGAUGUCAUGCAUUGCCGAAGACGUCAUCAUCGUCACCAGCAGCCUGACAAAAGAUAUGACGGGGAAGGAAGAUAACUACCGAGGCCCUGCUGUUCGAGCACUCUGCCAGAUCACAGAUAGUACUAUGCUGCAGGCCAUUGAGCGCUACAUGAAACAAGCUAUUGUGGACAAGGUGCCCAGUGUCUCCAGUUCUGCCUUGGUAUCGUCAUUGCACCUGCUGAAGUGCAGCUUCGACGUUGUCAAGCGCUGGGUGAACGAGGCCCAGGAGGCAGCUUCCAGUGAUAACAUCAUGGUCCAGUACCAUGCAUUGGGUCUCCUAUAUCACGUGCGGAAGAAUGACCGCCUGGCAGUCAGUAAGAUGAUCAGCAAGUUCUCCCGGCAUGGCCUGAAGUCUCCCUUUGCCUACUGUAUGAUGAUCCGGGUGGCCAGCAAGCUGCUGAACGAGGAGGACUGCGGCCAGGAUAGCCCACUGUUUGACUUCAUCGAGAGCUGCUUGCGUAACAAGUAUGAGAUGGUGGUGUAUGAAGCUGCCUCGGCUAUUGUCAAUCUGCCAGGCUGCAGUACCAAAGAGCUGGCCCCCGCUGUGUCAGUGCUCCAGCUGUUCUGCAGCUCACCCAAGGCUGCGCUCCGCUAUGCUGCUGUCCGCACCCUGAAUAAGGUAGCCAUGAGACACCCCUCUGCUGUGACAGCCUGCAACCUGGACCUGGAGAACCUGGUCACAGAUUCCAACCGCAGCAUUGCCACGCUGGCCAUUACCACCCUCCUCAAGACAGGCAGCGAGAGCAGCAUCGACCGCCUCAUGAAGCAGAUCUCCUCCUUCGUGUCAGAGAUCUCUGACGAGUUCAAGGUGGUGGUUGUGCAGGCCAUCAGCACCCUGUGUCAGAAGUACCCUCGAAAACAGGCUGUCCUCAUGAGCUUCCUGUUCACCAUGCUGCGGGAGGAGGGAGGCUUCGAAUAUAAGCGAGCUAUUGUGGACUGCAUCAUCAGCAUCAUUGAGGAGAACUCGGAGAGCAAGGAGACGGGUCUGUCCCAUCUGUGUGAAUUCAUCGAGGACUGCGAGUUCACUGUGCUGGCCACCCGAAUCCUGCAUCUGCUAGGCCAGGAGGGACCCAAGACCAACAGCCCCUCCAAGUAUAUCCGCUUCAUCUAUAACCGAGUGGUCCUGGAGCAUGAGGAGGUCCGGGCAGGUGCUGUGAGUGCUCUGGCCAAGUUUGGAGCCCAGAAUGAAGAGAUGUUGCCCAGUAUCUUGGUGUUGCUGAAGAGGUGUGUGAUGGACGAUGACAAUGAAGUAAGAGACCGAGCUACCUUCUACCUGAAUGUCCUGGAGCAGAGGCAGAAGGCUCUCAAUGCAGGCUAUAUCCUAAAUGGUCUGACUGUGUCCAUCCCCGGUCUGGAGAGGGCUCUGCAGCAGUACACUCUCGAGCCAUCAGAAAAACCAUUUGACCUCAAGUCUGUGCCCCUGGCCACCACACCUAUCGCAGAGCAGAGAACUGAAACCACACCUGUUACCGUAGCAAAACAGCCUGAGAAAGUAGCUGCCACCCGGCAGGAGAUCUUCCAGGAGCAGUUGGCAGCAGUGCCAGAGUUUCGUGGGCUGGGGCCCCUCUUCAAGUCCUCGCUUGAGCCUGUAGCCCUUACCGAGUCGGAGACAGAGUAUGUCAUUCGCUGCACUAAACACACCUUUGCUGACCACAUGGUGCUUCAGUUUGACUGCACAAACACGCUCAACGACCAGACCUUGGAGAAUGUCACAGUGCAGUUGGAGCCCACGGAGGCCUACGAGGUGCUCUGUUAUGUGCCUGCCCGGAGCCUACCCUACAACCAGCCUGGGACUUGCUACACGCUGGUGGCUGUGCCCAGGGAAGACCCCACAGCUGUGGCCUGCACCUUCAGCUGUGUCAUGAAGUUCACUGUCAAGGACUGUGACCCAACCACGGGAGAGACAGAUGAUGAGGGCUAUGAGGAUGAGUACGUGCUGGAGGAUCUAGAAGUCACUGUAGCUGACCACAUCCAAAAGGUCAUGAAACCAAGCUUUGAAGCAGCCUGGGAAGAGGUUGGGGAUGAGUUUGAGAAAGAGGAGACAUUCACUCUGUCUACCAUCAAGACGCUCGAAGAGGCUGUGGGCAAUAUUGUGAAGUUUUUGGGAAUGCAUCCUUGUGAGAGAUCAGACAAGGUGCCAGACACCAAGAACACUCAUACCACUGUGCUGUCUCCUUCCAGGUGUGUUCCGCGGUGGCCAUGACAUCCUUGUGCGAGCCCGGCUACUGCUUCUGGACACAGUGACGAUGCAGGUGACAGCCAGAAGUUCACAGGAACUGCCAGUAGACGUUCUCUUGGCAUCUGUGGGCUAGGGGUCCAGCCUACAUAGGCACUACUCUUAUUUUCCCCAACAGUCACAGAAGUUGUGCCUUCUCCCAAAACCGUUAACCCUUUCCCAAGCCUCUGCCCACAGAUAAAUAAAAUAAAAUUAACAAUUAUUGUG